AUGAAUCAUAGUUAUUGGACUUAUAGUAUGUUGUUGAGAUCACUUUGCGAAUCGAAUUGUCACGGUUUGGCGAAAUUGGUUUAUGAUUGGAUGAGAUUCGUUGGGCAGGUUCCGGAUAAUUGGUUGUUAGGGUUUUUGGUUUCGUCGUAUGCGUUGAUUGGUAGAUUUGAUGUUUCGAAAGAAUUGCUUGUUGAUUUGCAGUGUAGUAAUAUUGGAGUGAAUGCUGUUGUUUACAACAAUUUGUUUAAUGUUUUGAUUAAACAGAGUAAAGUAAGGGAUGUUGUUGAUAUGUUUUGGGAGCUUAUUCAGUUGAAAUAUCUUCCGGUGACUUAUACGAUUAAUAUUUUAAUGCGAGGUUUGUGUAUGGCGGGAGAAAUUGACGAGGCUUUUAAGCUUCUUAGUGAUUUGAGGAGGUUUGGUUGUUCGCCUGAUGUGAUUACUUAUAAUACUAUUAUUCAUGGUUUUUGCCGAGUUAGUGAGGUUGAUAGAGCUAGAAGUUUGUUAAAUGAGAUUUGUGUGAAAGAGGGAGUGGUGCCUGAUGUAGUUGGUUAUACGACGAUAAUAUCAGGUUAUUGCAAGAUGAGUAAGAUGGAGGAGGCAUCUUUGGUUUUCUAUGAAUUGAUUAGAUCGGGAACUAUGCCUAAUACGUUUACUUUUAAUAUUCUUAUUGAUGGAUUUGUUAAGAUGAGUGACAUUGGUUCUUCGUUAGCCUUGUACCAGAAGAUACUUUUUCAUGGGUGUUAUCCUGGUGUUGUUACUUUCACUUCUCUCAUUAAUGGUUAUUUUGUAGUUGGCCAAGUGAAACAUGCCAUGGAAAUGUGGGAUGAGAUGAAUAGCAAAAAAAUUGCCGCAAGUUUGUAUACAUUCUCUGUUCUUGUCAAUGGUUUUUGCAAGAACAACAUAUUGCAUGAGGCUCGUGACGUUUUGAGAAAACUGAAGCAGAAUGACGUUGUUCCACAACCAUUUGUCUACAAUCCUGUUAUUGAUGGAUAUUGUAAAUCAGGGAAUGUAGAUGAGGCGAAUAAAAUUCUUGCUGAGAUGGAGGAGAAGAGGUGCAAGCCGGAUAAGGUGACAUACACCAUUCUUAUUAUUGGACAUUGUUCGAAAGGGAGAAUGGCUGAAGCAAUCACUAUCUUUGAUAAGAUGUUGGCCGUAUGUUGUACACCUGAUGAAAUCACUAUAAAUAAUUUAAGAUUGUGUCCUUUGAAGGCUGGAAUGCCUGCUGAAGCUGCCCGAGUUAAGGAAGCUCUAUGUCAGGACAACACAUUGAGUACUUCAUUGAAGAAGAAAUCUUUUCAUGAAAGUACAAAUGCAGAUAUACCCGUUGUUGUUUAUUGA